GUGUCACGCUUUUCCAGUCUUGUGACCUAUUUUAUUUUAUGUACAUAGCACCGACUAUAACAGUUAUGGUCGUUUAAGAAAUUAGAUAAGAUUGGAAAGUUAUUGAAACCCAAGCGUGUGUAUUGAAUUGAUAUUUAAAUACUGGACAGAUCGUUUUAGUAUGACGAAGUACAAGCGUGUUGGACUGUUUCUAACGACUACAGCCUCAAUCUAUGCAUAUGCAUUGAGUUUCAAUGUCACUUCUGUUGGUCUAGAAUUGGGCAAUGUUUUCACUUUCAAAGGUUAUGCAGGAAAAUUUAAAUAUUUAACAUUUUGGAAUUUGUCUAUCCAAACAAUAUAUUUUGCUUUGUCACUGGUGAAUUUUGUUAUCGGAAGCAAUGUUCCUCCGACUGCUGAUCCUAAAAGGAAGACAGCUAUUCAAAAAUUCAGAGAUUGUUUUCAUGCCACCAUAGUAUUUCCUACAGGAAUGUUUGUAGUAAUGACGUUCUGGGCUAUCUAUGCAGUAGAUCGAGAACUAGUCUAUCCUGAAAGUUUAGAUAAGAUUAUCCCUGCUUGGGUUAAUCAUGUUAAUCAUACAUUUGUAUUACCUAUUUUACUUAUUGAAAAGUACUUAAUUUACCAUCAGUAUCCUAAUAAAGGAAAGGGUAUUCUAGUAAUAUUAGCUUUUGCACUCACAUAUUUAGUCUGGAUAUUAUGGAUUGCAUACAAAGCCGAUAUUUGGGUAUAUCCUGUAUUAAAAGUUCUAGAUACUCCACAGAAAGCUAUAUUUAUUUUCUUUCUUAUGUUAUUAUUUGUAUCAUUAUACCUGAUUGGAGAAGGACUUACUAUUUUUUUAUGGCGAAAAACUCCAAAGCAGAAAAGGCGUUAAAUUAGCAACUCAAAACUAUUAGCUACAAUGAUUUUAUUAGGAAUUAUAAAUUUUAGAAGAGCUCUUUUCUAAAACACUUUACUAUAUAUUUCAGUAUCUUAAAGAUGAUUUUAAACCAAUAGCUAUUUGACAAAAGAUAUGUAUGAGAAAAAAAGAGAGGUUCUGAAUGGAACUGAUUGUGUUUUGUUAAAGAGCUGUUAAUUUAUAAGCUUAUCUUUCCCACUGCAUUCCAUUUAUGUAUUCCUGUACAUAACUGUGUUAUCUUAAGUUUGUGUAAAGUGUAGUCAAAGUGUGCAUAGAGCAUGCUCAUGUGUGAGAAAAACGUUUUUUGUGUCUGACAAUUAAAAAGCUUAUGAUUGAAACAUUUUUGUAUCAUCUGUCCACAUUGAAUAUUUUGUCUUAUUUUCCUUCCAAGUGAGUAUUGAGCUUUUUAAUAUUUUACCCUGUGACAACUACAUUAAAGGAGGAGUCAAGCUGUUGCAGAUCCUUCAUAUUUUAUUCAUUAUCAGGUAUUAAAAUUGUUUUAUCUUUGCAGAACCUGAAGUACAAUUCAUUUUGUUGUUAAUUAACAAAUGUGACAUCAGCAGUUUAACUCUCAGAUACUUUUUAUAAAUAAAACCAUGUGCUUGUGCAAUAAAAGCUAUUUUCGUACCCUAUAUGUCUGAAUUUGAAUCACCCUUUAAAAUUAUUAGCAUAUAUGCUACUAGGGAUGACUUCACAGCUGUGAUGUUAAUUAAAGGAUAAACCUUUUAUACCGUAUAAACGGUAUUUAGUAAUCCAACAUGUUAAAUACAUGAAAAACAGCAGAAUCAUUGUAGAAACUUUGCUCCUAUUAAAAUUCAGUAACAUAUUUCCAUAGAAUUGUUGUUAUUAUGCUAAACAAUUUGUACCAGCUAGACUUCUCCUUUAAUUGCAGUAUGAACUAAAUCAUUACCUAUAAAUUUAUAUUUUACAUUGUUACGCUCCUGUUUUCAUUCCAGGUUUGUCCACUAGUGUGUCUAAUACUAUUUUUUUUUAUUCAAAAUUGUGUAUAAUAUUGUACAAAAAUAUACAUUGUAGCAAUUAUAUAGCUAUAAAUAUGGAUAUUUAUCUGUAUUUUUGGUUAUUGGGUAGGCUAGUAUAAAUAAAGUAUUAAUUGUAUUUACCUAGUCCAUCUUUAAAAAUUGAGAAGAAAUGAAUAAAAAUAGACACUGUUUGUCACACUGAAAGACCUCAUUUAUGAACCUUAUUUAUGUGAACCUUUGGUUGCGGUGGACCUCUAUUUGUUAUAGUAUUUAUGUAAUAUUAAAUUAAAGGUAUUUGCAUUAAUGUAGUGUAUCUUUCGCUACACGUUUUAAUGCUAAAGAGUGUUAGAUACUUUAAAAAAAAUAAUGUUCAUUGGUGGCUGGUGAUCUGCAGUUUAUUAAGGGCAGUUAACUGGUGCACAUUUAUGAAAGGAACAAAUAUUUAAGCAUGUGAACAAAAAUUGCUUUUUGUGAAAAUAAAUAAAUAAAUCAACCA